AUGGUCAGCUUCCUGGAUUCAAGGACUUUACUGCUACUUGCAGCCGCACAUGUGUGCCUAUUAGCCGUUGUCAGAUGUCAGGACAACAACCAGGAGGAUGCAUCUACCUGCUUGCAGGAUGGACAACGCUAUAGUGACAAGGACGUGUGGAAGCCCGAGCCGUGUCGCAUCUGCGUGUGCGACACCGGGACCGUCCUGUGCGACGAAAUAGUCUGCGACGAGCUCAGAGACUGCCCCAAGCCCGAAAUCCCAUUCGGAGAGUGUUGCCCCAUCUGCGCCGCUGACCCAUCAACGCCCAUUGGAACACCUGGAUCUAAGGGCCAGAAAGGGGAACCCGGAGAUAUUACUGAUGUUAUAGGACCAAGAGGACCAGCUGGCCCAAUGGGCCCACCAGGUGAGCAGGGACAUCGAGGACCAAGAGGAGAAAAGGGAGAGAGGGGAACACCAGGUCCACGUGGCAGAGAUGGCGAGCCUGGCACCCCAGGAAACCCUGGACCCCCUGGACCACCAGGCCCUAAUGGACCCCCUGGCCUUGGUGGAAACUUUGCUGCUCAGAUGGCAGGCGGCUUCGACGAGAAGGCCGGUGGUGGCGCUCAAAUGGGUGUGAUGCAAGGACCUAUGGGCCCAAUGGGUCCCCGCGGACCACCUGGCCCAACUGGAUCCCCUGGCCCUCAAGGAUUCCAAGGUAGCCCAGGAGAGGCUGGAGAACCAGGACAAUCUGGUCCCAUGGGACCUCGUGGACCCCCAGGGCCUUCUGGAAAACCUGGAGAUGAUGGCGAGGCUGGCAAACCUGGCAAAUCAGGUGAGCGUGGGCCUUCUGGACCUCAGGGAGCACGCGGAUUCCCUGGAACGCCCGGGCUGCCUGGCAUCAAGGGACAUCGAGGAUACCCUGGUCUUGAUGGAGCAAAGGGAGAGACUGGUGCAGUUGGGGCAAAGGGAGAGUCUGGUGCUGGUGGAGAGAGUGGAGCUCCUGGACCAAUGGGGCCUCGAGGUCUUCCGGGUGAGAGAGGACGUCCUGGACCCAGUGGUGUUGCUGGUGCCCGUGGUAAUGAUGGUUUGCCUGGUCCUGCCGGUCCCCCGGGCCCGGUUGGUCCUUCUGGAGCUCCGGGCUUCCCUGGCUCUCCUGGUUCAAAGGGAGAAGCUGGUCCCACUGGUGCUCGCGGACCAGAGGGUGCUCAGGGACCCCGCGGAGAGUCAGGCACACCUGGAUCAUCUGGACCUUCUGGCGCUUCUGGAAACCCUGGUACCGAUGGGAUCCCUGGAUCUAAGGGAUCAUCUGGUGCUCCCGGUAUCGCAGGCGCUCCCGGCUUCCCGGGACCUCGUGGGCCUCCCGGGCCUCAGGGAGCAACCGGACCUCUCGGGCCAAAAGGAACAUCUGGAGAUCCAGGUAUCACGGGCUUCAAGGGAGAGGCUGGGCCUAAAGGAGAGAUUGGACCAGCUGGUCCUCAGGGAGCCCCCGGCCCACAAGGAGAAGAGGGCAAAAGAGGACCCAGAGGGGAACCUGGUGCUGCUGGACCACUUGGACCUCACGGAGAGAGAGGAUCUCCUGGUAACCGUGGCUUCCCAGGUCAGGAUGGUCUGGCUGGUCCCAAGGGUGCCCCCGGUGAGCGCGGACCCGCCGGUGCCAGUGGUCCAAAGGGUGCUAAUGGUGACCCCGGCCGUCCUGGAGAGUCUGGUCUACCUGGUGCCAGAGGUCUUACAGGACGUCCCGGUGAUGCGGGUCCCCAAGGCAAAGUCGGACCUUCUGGAGCUCCCGGUGAAGAUGGCCGACCAGGACCCCCAGGGCCACAGGGGGCACGCGGACAACCUGGCGUUAUGGGAUUCCCUGGCCCCAAAGGAGCAACUGGCGAACCUGGCAAAUCUGGAGAAAAGGGAUUGGUUGGAGCUCAUGGUCUGAGAGGUUUGCCUGGCAAAGAUGGUGAAACUGGUGCUGCCGGACCUCCUGGUCCUGCUGGCCCCGCUGGUGAGAGAGGAGAGCAAGGUCAGCCAGGUCCUUCUGGUUUCCAGGGUCUGCCUGGCCCGCCCGGUCCCCCUGGCGAGGGAGGCAAGCCUGGAGAUCAGGGUGUUCCAGGAGAAGGUGGAGCUGCCGGUGCCACUGGACCCAGGGGAGAGCGCGGCUUCCCCGGAGAGAGAGGAGCCGCCGGCCCUCAGGGUCUGCAGGGACCCCGCGGCCUGCCCGGAACUCCUGGAACUGACGGCCCCAAGGGUGCCAUUGGACCUGCUGGAGGUGCUGGAGCUCAGGGACCUCCUGGUCUGCAGGGUAUGCCCGGAGAGAGAGGCGGCUCAGGUAUUCCAGGACCCAAAGGAGACAGAGGUGACAUUGGAGAAAAAGGACCUGAAGGUGCUCCAGGAAAAGACGGCGGAAGGGGUCUUACUGGUCCCAUCGGCCCUCCUGGUCCUGGUGGUCCCAAUGGAGAAAAAGGUGAAUCUGGUCCAGCUGGUCCUUCUGGUGCUCCUGGUACCCGCGGCGCUCCUGGUGAUCGAGGCGAGACUGGGCCUCCUGGGCCAGUUGGAUUUGCUGGACCCCCUGGCUCUGAUGGACAACCUGGACUUAAGGGAGAGAUGGGAGAGUCUGGCCAGAAGGGUGACGCCGGUGCCCCCGGCCCACAAGGACCAUCCGGUGCCCCUGGCCCCGCUGGCCCAACUGGUGUUUCUGGACCCAAAGGCGCACGUGGUGCUCAGGGACCUUCCGGUGCCACCGGUUUCCCUGGAGCCGCCGGCCGAGUCGGACCCCCUGGUCCCAAUGGCAAUCCUGGACCCGCCGGUCCCGCAGGUCCAUCUGGCAAAGACGGCCCCAAGGGCGUGAGGGGAGACGGUGGCCCCCCAGGCAGACAGGGCGACGCUGGGCUCCGUGGUCCUGCUGGGGCUCCUGGAGAGAAGGGAGACGCUGGAGAGGAUGGUCCUCCUGGUGCUCUCGGGCCCUCUGGUCCUCAAGGUUUGGCCGGCCAGCGUGGUAUUGUGGGUUUGCCCGGACAGCGUGGCGAGAGAGGCUUCCCCGGCCUUCCUGGACCCUCUGGCGAGCCUGGAAAGCAAGGAGCCCCCGGCGGCAGCGGAGACCGCGGACCCCCCGGGCCCGUCGGACCGCCCGGGCUCACCGGACCUGCGGGAGAGCCCGGCAGAGAGGGCAGCCCUGGAUCUGAUGGACCUCCUGGUAGAGAUGGUUCUCCUGGAAUCAAGGGUGACCGCGGAAACACCGGUCCAGCCGGUGCUCCUGGUGCCCCAGGUGCCCCCGGAUCCACGGGCCCGGUUGGUCCCACUGGAAAGCAGGGAAACCGAGGAGAGGCUGGCGCACAAGGACCCGCCGGACCUCCGGGACCUGCUGGAGCUAGAGGAAUGCCCGGACCCCAAGGACCUCGUGGUGACAAGGGUGAAGGUGGAGAGUCUGGUGAGAGAGGACAGAAGGGACACAGAGGUUUCACCGGUCUGCAGGGUUUGCCUGGACCUCCGGGUCAAGCUGGAGACCAGGGCGCUACUGGACCUGCUGGACCUUCUGGACAAAGAGGACCACCUGGACCUAUUGGGCCCAGUGGAAAGGAGGGUACGAAUGGUUUGCCUGGACCCAUCGGACCCCCCGGACCUCGCGGUCGUGGUGGAGAUACUGGUCCUUCAGGCCCUCCCGGAAACCCCGGCCCCCCCGGACCUCCCGGUCCCCCCGGCCCCGGCAUCGACAUGUCCGCCUUUGCCGGCCUGGGUCACACAGAGAAGUCUCCCGACCCUCUCAGGUACAUGAGAGCCGACCAGGCUUCCGGAAACCUGCGUCAGCACGACGCCGAGGUGGACGCCACGCUCAAGUCCCUCAACAACCAGAUUGAGAACAUCCGCAGUCCCGAGGGGUCCAAGAAGAACCCUGCUCGUACCUGUAGGGACCUCAAACUCUGCCAUCCCGACUGGAAGAGCGGAGAGUACUGGAUCGACCCCAAUCAGGGUUGCACGGUGGACGCCAUUAAAGUAUUCUGCAACAUGGAGACAGGCGAAUCUUGCGUCCGCUCCAAACCGUCCAGCAUCCCGCGCAAGAACUGGUGGUCCAGCAAGAGCAAAGACCGCAAACAUGUGUGGUUCGGAGAGACCAUGAACGGAGGAUUCCACUUCAGCUACGGUGACGACAACCUGGCGCCUAACACGGCAGCGAUCCAGAUGACGUUCCUGCGCCUGCUGUCUACCGAGGCGUCACAGAACAUCACCUACCACUGUAAGAACAGUGUGGCCUACAUGGACGCCGCCGCUGGCAACCUGAAGAAGGCCGUGCUGCUGCAGGGCUCUAACGACGUGGAAAUCCGCGCCGAGGGCAACAGCCGAUUCACCUACAGCGUCAUGGAGGAUGGCUGCACGAGACACACGGGCAAGUGGGGCAAGACAGUCUUUGAAUACCGAUCGCAGAAGACCUCGCGCCUUCCCAUCGUGGACGUGGCCCCCAUGGACAUCGGCGGUCCCGAGCAGGAGUUCGGCGUGGAAGUGGGCGCAGUCUGUUUCUUGUAA